UCGAAACACGCUUGAAACUCUCAAGCACACAGGGUUAAAAGGACAAAUUAUUGGAAGCAUUUGAACUUUUCUGUAUAAUGGAUCAUGAUCCUCCAUUUCUUGAGACCUACAAGGCCUUUCUGAAAAAUCCCCUCAGUGAUGACACAGAAGAUCAUCAUUAUCAUCAUCAUACUAGUCACUCCUCUCUGCUGGUGGACUCAUGGGACCCUCCUGCAAUCGAUUUUGCGAGGCUACUUUUAGAUGAAGACAGAGACGAGGAAAUUGUGAAGAAAGAGAUGAUUGAAGCAGCCUCAAAAUGGGGUUUGUUUCAGCUUGUUAAUCAUAAGAUUUCACAAGAAUUGCUCCAGAGCAUGAUGCUUGAGCAAAUGAAACUCUUCCAUCAACCUUUUAUGAAUAAGUCAUUGCUCAGAAAUUACAGGUGGGGGAACCCUUUUGCUACUAAUCUGAGUCAACUUUCUUGGUCAGAAGCCUUUCAGAUACGUCUUACAGACAUAUCCAGGAUGGACGAGCAGAAAAAUCUGAGGAGCGUUGAAACUUUUGCAACAAAAGUGACCGCCCUUGUGGAAAGCAUAGUGGAAAUUCUGGCCCACAGAGUGAAUAUAAAAUCCACAUAUUUCCGCAAGAAUUGCUUGCCAAACAGCUGUUUUCUUCGAAUGAACAGAUACCCCCAAAGCCCAUUAUCUUCAAAACUGUUUGGCUUAAUGCCUCACAGUGAUUCCAGUUUCCUCACUAUUGUCUAUCAACACAAAGUUGGAGGCUUGCAAGUGUUGAAAGAUACGAAAUGGGUCGCUGUCAACCCUAUCCCAAAUGCUCUAAUUGUUAUCAUUGGUGAUCUUUUCCAGGCAUUAAGUAAUGGAGCAUACAGAAGCAUAACACACAGAGUAGUUGCAGCUGAAAAGAUUGAGAGGUUUUCUGUGGCAUAUUUCUGUUGCCCUUCAGAUGAUACUGUGAUACAGAGCUACAACGAGCCUGCGAUUUACAGGAAGUUUACUUUCAGAGAGUAUAGACACCAAAUUGAGAAAGAUGUCAAACAAAUCGGUGAUAAGGUGGGGCUCUCUAGGUUUCUUGCUUAAAAGAUUAAGCAGAUAGGACAAAGUUCUUAGUGUAAUUAAGUUUAAUUAUAAAUUAA